ACAGUCGCGCGUCUCGCUGAUCGAGGCCGGUGCGCGUGUGUGCGUGCGCGAGUGUGCGCGUGUGUGUGUGCCUGUGUGUGCGUGUGUCAUGUUGGCCGCGGCCACCGCCAAGUCGAGGAUUACCCUACGUCACCCCUAGCCGCGCCAUGACGCUCGUGGGGGGCGUGCUGGGCCAGGUGCUGGGGCUGGCCGUGCUGGGCGUGGCGCUGACCGGCUGGCCAGGCGGCGGACCUGGGCCCGGAGCGCUGGCACUACCCAUGGCGGACCACGUCCACGUGGUGCACCGCGGCGUGGUCCCGGCCGCGCUGCCCCGCCAGCUGCAGCCACUCGUGUUCCCGCGCCGCCGCGUGCACAUCCUGGACCCGCGGACGGCGCUCAACCUGGUGCAGGCGCACGAGAGCCGACGGCGGCGCGGCUCUAAGAGGCCGCCGCCGUACUACCGCGGCCCGCCCCGGGGACCGCCGCGGCCACGCUGGAAGGGCCCCCCCAAGCGCAGGGGCCACGGCGGGCCGCGCGACAAGCCGUGGGCACAGGCGACCCGCGGCAGCAGCCCCGCCGCCACCAGGGUGCGGUACCGCGGCUCCAAGAAGUCCAAGAAGUCCAAGACCGCCAAGAAGUCGCGGCCGCAGCUGCCCACCUACGCGGACGGCUACGCCGAGGACGACGACCUGCGGCUGGACGACGAGCCCGAGCCCGAGGAGGACCGGCCCCGGAAGAAGACCAAGUCGACCAGCAAGCUGCAGCAGCAGGAGACGGGCUACCCCAAGGGCUGGGGCCCGGACGGCGGCUACCGGGUGCCCGCGCCGCAGUACCCGCCCUACGGCACCGACGAGGAGGAGCCGGGCACCGGCCACCUUGACCUGGAGGAGCGCUUCAUCAACCAGCACAAUCAGUUCUACCGCCACGGCUACCCGGGGGACAGCUCCGAGAGCGCGCCCGCCUCCACGCAGAGCAAGCGGCACAACAAGCCGGGACCCGGCCUCGCCCCCGGCCUCUACGAGGACGAGGAGAUCGAGCUGGCCGAGAACUCGGACGACUUCGACGGCGGCCUCGCCGCCUCGUCACACUCCACGCGGCAGACGUCGUACCGGCGGCCCAGCAAGACGAGGUACUCGCUGCACGACGGCACGCUGCACGACGCGGACGACUCGAGCAGGGAGAGCGAGUACCGGCGGCCGUCGUACAGCGGCAAGGCGCGCAAGAAGCCCAAGCAGCCCGGCGACAGCAAGCGCCAUCAGAGCAUGUACCACGCCAAGUUCCGCGGCGAGCAGCAGGACGACCGCACCCUGUCGGCGGCCAACUUCAACUACGAGCUGUCCGGCGCCGCCUCGGAGACGGCCACCAGGCACACCAGCGCCGGCCAGGGCGGCCACCAGGGCGGCCACCAGGGCGGCAACCACCGGCCGGCGCACGACGAGCAGGCCGUCAGCGACGUGCGGACGGCCGACUCCAACUUCUUCCGCACCAGGAAGCCGCAGUACUGGGGCUGA